AUGAACGUGAGCUCGCCAGCGACGGGCACAGCACCACCGCUUGUGAAUAGAGACGAUCUGAGGAGGACGGCUCUACACGUACCCGACCCAUCAGUAAAACAAGCUGCAGACGCAAGAUCAGUCACUGACAGCGGCCAUAAAUCCAAAGUCGAUGAAACCGUUCUGAAGGAUGUAGAGCGUCUUCUGAAAUUGCACUAUCUCCGCUCCCGCAGCUACAAUGAGGCCAUGGAAAUAUUGUAUGGACGUAAUACAACUUCAGAUUUAGAACUGUAUUUCGACUUAUCGGGACAUGCGAACAUUACCCAGACUGGGCUUGAGAAUUUGCUAUCGAAGCUCAAGUUUGAGGACAUUCUCCAAUAUGUCGCUAUUCCAAGAAUCAGCGUGGAGGUGAAUGUGAAUACAGCAAAUAGCAAGCGAGCCCGAGGAUCUGGGCGCUCCUCAAAACAAGAUGGAGAUGGCCGGAGAGACUUGUGCUACAUCUUUGAUCGCUUGAGAAAGAAAGGUGUCAAGACCGUUCUCAAGGUCAUCAUUGACGAUUCAACGAUGCCUGCUCACAGCGAUGAGGCAAUUGAAGAUGCAUUAAAGUUCAUGGACGUGGAGAUUUGGGAUUGGAAAAGGAUGGAUCUAUGCUCUGAGGUCAUACAUAGGGUGGCAUCCAAAGCACGCGAAGUCAAUCUAUACUGGAGCGGCAAUAAUGCAGUUCUUAGAGGAUGGAGUGAAGAAGGUGGCUUGAAGAGAUUAAGUCAGCUGAAAACAGUUCAUCUACACAUCCAACAGGACUUCCGACGACUGCUCUUCGAUGCGGAACGUUACUACGAGCGCGGAAAGGUUGAUGAGACGAUUGAAGAGCCAAUUAAAAUCGCUCUUAUUGAUGACGGUGUAGACGUCAAGGAUCUGGAAUUCAGCUUCAUCGGAGGGCGGACGUUUUGCACGCGAGACGAGGAGCACAAUCUUAAUGACCCUUACUAUGUGUCUAGUACGGGACACGGGACCAUCAUGGCGAAGCAGAUUCACUUGCUGUGUCCUCGGGCGCAGUUCUAUGUUUUAAGGCUGGAGGAUCAUGCUUCAGAAGAGGGCGGUCGACAAAUUACAGCCAAGAGUGCCGCACAAGCAAUUUUGGCGGCCGUGAGAAAGAAGGUCCACAUCAUUUCCAUGUCUUGGACCAUCGAUCCUCCCGAGGACGAGGAAGAGAGGCGGCUCCUUGACUUGGCCAUAGGAGCGGCGGCAAACGAAAACAUUCUCCUCUUCUGUUCGGCGAGCGACAAGGGAGCCAAGAGCAGCGAAACCUAUCCCUCCAAAGCGACGAAAAAGAUAUUCACCAUCGGAGCGGCGACAUCAUCGGGAAUGGCCGAUCCUUGGGUCGGCAAUCUAGGAAAUAUCAACUUUACUUUCCCAGGUACCAAAGUCGAGAUGGAUGGUCCCCGAACUGAUGAUUCGUCAUUGAGGGAGGUGAGUGGCUCAUCCAUCGCAACCGCUUUGGCUGCAGGUCUGGCAGGGCUGGUGUUGUAUUGCGUUCAGGUACGCCUGCUGGUGGCGACGGACCAGGAAAAGCAAAAGGCGCGGCGGGAUUUCCAGCUUUUGAAGCAGCACGACUAUAUGAUGAAAGCCCUCAAAGACAUUGGUACCACGGAGGAGAGUAACCACAAGUUUAUUGAAGUAUGGGAGGUAUUUGGAAAGAAGGUCGAAGAGAAAGAGAGAUAUGAUCAGGAGAGGUGGCUCGAUUUGAUCGCUGAAGUGGGUAUGAUUCUAUGCAGAAAGAUUAGUUAAUUCAGCACCACGAUCAUAGUCAGAAGUAAUGGCGUUUGUUCUUUAGCAACCCGAGGGAAAGCUAUCACAGCUAUCACCGCAGGUAGAGCAACUGUCUUCAAACAGGUUUUCAGCCAUCCCUGCAUAGCC